CUCGCUCUUCUUGUAAAACACCAGGACAACCGUCACAGUUCGUCAGGCCACAAGCCCUCGUGGAAGCCCACCGCUCCGUCGCCGAGGUUCGAUACACGCGGCGGCAUUCGGAUUCCGACCGAUCAUGGCCGGAACCGGCGGCAGCCCUCCUCCUCCUCCUCCUCCCGGCCCUCUCCGCCUGCUCCUCUUCCUCCUCCUCUCCUCGCUUCUCGCGGCUCCGGCGGCCCUCGCCAAGUCCCGCUUCCCGAUCUCCGACAACGAGAUCAGGCAGAAGAAGAACGAGUGUUAUGCUGAUAUAGAGAGCGGCUUAUGGGGUUGGCAAUGCAAGUCUUCAAUGAUAGCAAAGGAAAAUUGUGCUUUGAAAUGCCUUUCUCCAACUUGUUAUGAGAUUGUCUAUGAAAGUGAUCCACUUGAAGAAGGAGAGAAAGACUUUACACGGGGCCAGGAAUACAAAUACUGCAUGCAUAAGUUAUCACUUGGAGAGAGCAUUGAAGGCAUCAGAGGAUCGUUUGAUUAAUUAGGCAACUUUGACAUCAUUUCAGAUCUAAUAUUCUUGGAGAGAGUUGGCUAUAAGCAAAACUUGUGGAUACCUUUGGCUAUGUUACUUCUGGCCCUGAUAUUGUGAUAGAGGGUAUGUUGGUUGUAGCAAAGUACACAAAAGAAAUCGGUCUGGGUUUCUUUAUGGAACAAAUGGUGUCGAUGAUAACUCAUGUAUCACUUUGUCUGGUCACAAAGGCACCAUGAUUGUAACCCGUUUGGUUCAGCUUUCGGCCUAGCAUUGGCCAAAUGCUAGCAUUUGGAAU